AUGCCGGCAUAUCCUAAACAUGUGACCCAGUGCCAGUACACACCCAGUGCCAGAACCACACAGCUGACCAUCCAGUACCCAGUGGCACCACCAUCGGUGUUGGUGAUCUUGAGAGAAAAAGCCAGAAUAACCUGCAAUGGAAACAAUAUAGGAAGUAAAUAUGUUCACUGGUUCCAGUGGAAAGCAAGCCAAGUCCCUGUGCUAAUCCUACACAACCACACCAGGCCGGAAGUUAUCCUUGACCAGUUCUCUGGCUCCAACUCAGGGAACACAGUCACCCUGACCAUCAGUGGGGCCCAGGUCGAGGACGAAGCUGAUUAUUACUGUGGGGCAGGUGAUAGCAAUGUCCUCUCUGGCCUUUUUGGUGGAGGCACCAGACUGGUUGUCAUCGGUGGGCCCAAGUCAGCACCCUCAGUCACAUUGUUCCCACCAUCCACUGAGGAACUCAGCACCAACAAGGCCACACUGGUGUGUCUCAUCAGUGACUUCUACCCUGGCAGUGUGACUGUGGGCUGGAAGGAAGAUGGCACCACCAUCACCAAAGGGGUGCAAACCACCAAGCCCUCCAAGCAGAGCAACAGCAAGUACGCAGCCAGCAGCUACCUGAGCCUGACAGCCAGUGACUGGAAAUCUCAUAGCUCAUACAGCUGCCAGGUGACGCAUGAAGGCAGCACCGUGGAGAAGACAGUGCGCCCCAGCUGAGUGUGAAGUCCCAGGCCCUCCUCGCCCCCAUACUUGAGGAUGGCUACACAGGGCCCUGGGUGGGUCUCUCCUUCCUCAUUAACCAUCCCCACCUCAUCUGCCUGGAUUCAACCAACUCUCAAUAAAAUGUCUUCACUUUAA